AUGCGGAAAGGAGGAACUCGUUGUCCACUUCAAUUUCUUGCUUUGCAUCCAAACAUUCAGGUUUCUUCAAAGGAGGUUCACUACUUUGAUAGGGAUUUCUUUCAGGGAAUAAGCUGUGACAAAUCUCCAGAGAGAAUAUUUCGUAUGAAUAGUACUAUCAAACUCAUAUUACUUGUACCUGAUCCAAUAAAGAGAGCAAUGUCAGACCACCUUCAAUUGAUGGACAAAAGGUCAAGAACGAAUCUGGACACAUCCAGUUUUGAGGAGAAAGUUUUGAAAGAUAAUGGAGAUGUGAAUGAUAAACAGAUAAUGUGUGUGGAUGGCAAGAAUCUGACUGAGAAACCAUUUGAGAAUGAAACAACUGGACAUAAAUGUGUUGAUCGAACAAAAGGUCGGAAACAUCCCGAGGUUCAUGAAGAGGUUGUGGUCAAACUAACAGAAUAUUUUGAGCCGUACAACAAAAUCUUCUUUAAUCAAAUUGGACAGACAUUUGACUGGUGA